GCUGGUUACCCCUGUGGAUAUUUGUUUUUUCUGCGUUGUGAAAUGACUAACUAGACAAAUCAUAUGAAUGAAAUGUGAAAGCUUAUGAUUCGGCAUGUGUGAUAUUUACUGCAAAAGGAAGAACAGAGGAAAAAUACAACAACCAUUGAAUUUCAAACGAUUAAAGAUGACUACUUCAUGGAGUGACCGACUGCAGAACUAUGCAGACCUUCCAGCCAACAUGGAUAGGCUGGCUAUGAAGAAGUAUCGCCGCGAGGCCUACCACAGAGUGUUUGUAAACAGAAGUUUGGCAAUGGAGAAGAUUAAGUGCUUUGGCUUUGAUAUGGAUUACACUUUGGCAGUGUACAAGUCCCCAGAGUACGAGUCAUUGGGUUUCGACCUGACCGUGGGGCGGCUGGUGUCCAUCGGAUACCCUCAGGAGCUGCUCAACUUUGUCUACGACCCUACCUUUCCCACUAGGGGCCUUUUGUUUGAUACAAUGUAUGGCAACCUUCUGAAGGUGGACGCCUAUGGGAACAUCCUGGUCUGUGUCCAUGGCUUUAACUUCCUUCGUGGGCCUGAUAUCCGUGAGCUGUACCCUAACAAAUUCAUCCAGCGGGACGAUACUGAACGUUUCUAUAUCCUCAACACUCUCUUCAACUUACCAGAAACCUACCUCUUUGCGUGCCUAGUUGACUUUUUCAGCAACUGUGAUAGAUAUGCAAGCUGUGAAAAAGGUUUUAAGGACGGAGACCUCUUCAUGUCCUACAAGAGCAUGUUCCAGGAUGUCCGAGAUGCUGUGGACUGGGUCCACUUCAAGGGAACAUUAAAGGAGAAAACGGUUGAAAACCUUGAGAAGUAUGUGGUGAAAGAUGGAAAACUGCCUCUCCUUCUGAGUCGAAUGAAUGAAGUUGGCAAGGUGUUCCUGGUCACCAACAGUGACUACAAAUAUACAGAUAAAAUCAUGACGUACCUGUUUGAUUUCCCCCAUGGUCCGAAGAUGGGCAUGCCUCACCGUCCGUGGCAGUCCUACUUUGACCUGAUCCUGGUCGACGCGCGAAAGCCCAUGUUCUUCGGCGAGGGCACGGUGCUCCGACAGGUGGACACGACGACGGGGCGGCUGAAGAUUGGGACCUACACUGGACCGCUGCAGCACGGCAUUGUGUACUCUGGAGGGUCCUCGGACAUCAUGUGCGACCUGCUGGGGGCAAAGGGCAAGGACAUCCUGUACAUCGGGGACCACAUCUUCGGGGACAUCCUCAAGUCGAAGAAGCGGCAGGGCUGGAGGACCUUCCUGGUGAUUCCCGAGCUGGCGCAGGAGCUGCACGUGUGGACAGACAAGAGCUCGCUAUUCGAAGAGCUGCAAGGCUUGGACAUUUUCCUGGCGGAGCUGUACAAGCACCUUGACAGCAGCAGCAACGAGAGACCUGACAUCAGCGCUAUUCAGAGGCGGAUCAAGAAAGUGACCCACGACAUGGACAUGUGCUACGGCAUGAUGGGAAGUCUGUUCCGCAGCGGCUCCCGGCAGACCCUUUUCGCCUCACAGGCCAUGCGCUACGCCGACCUGUACGCCGCCUCCUUCAUCAACCUGCUGUACUACCCGUUCAGUUACCUGUUUCGAGCUGCGCACGUGCUGAUGCCUCAUGAGUCCACGGUAGAGCACGCCCACGUCGACAUCAUCGACACCGAGUCCCCCUUGGCCACGCGCAACCGCCACUCCGAGGACCUCAAGGACUUCGACUGCAAGAGAAACCAGCUGACCCGCUCCGUCAGUGAGAUCAAGCCCCCCAACCUGUUCCCCCAGACACCCCAGGAGAUCACACACUGCCACGAUGAGGAUGAUGAUGAGGAGGAAGAGGAGGAGGAGGAGGAGGAGGAGGAAGAAGAAGAAGAGGAGUAGAGACAAGUCAUAUGUGAUCCCUACGGCUUGAUUAUUUUGGCAUUUCCCCAUAGGUAUCCCAUUGUAGAGGGACUGAAUUUAAAGCAUUCAGAAGCACAUAAAGAAGGAGGCAUUUAGAUGUAAAGGAUACACUUUACACAAAGUAUGGAAAUCUAAUUCCUUUUCUUUUCAUUUUACAGUCUGUAUAUAUCAGGCUAUUCCCCUGUCAUUUUAGAUUCCGGUCUGUUUUUUAUGCGGUACAGUUUUUAUUCACUACAUUUGUGAUGUUAUGAAAAUGGGGCUUUUGUGUGGGGGGGGGAAUUUUAAUUGACCAAACUGAAGCGGUUGCUUUUAUUGACCAGGGUAAACCUAUGAAUGCUAUUUAUCCUGCCAGAAACGAAAGCACCACUGGUCUUUUCCUUACCUGGAAGCAGGUCAUAGAGUCUCCAGUUUUCCUUGUGUGUUUACGCUCAAAACCAUGAUGUAUGCAAAACACCACGGAGCAACGUGAACUGCUGACUGGGAAUGUUCCGAACAGCUGGCCCCUAAGGACACCGCAUGUGUACCAGAAUGCAGGAACAUGCUUAGCCUUAGCAAUUCCGUGUGAAAAUACCGAGUCGUUCAGUCUUACGGCACUGUGCUAACAUGCAUAUUAGCGCUACUUGGAAAUCAUGGUCCAACUUGUAUUUGUAUUUUGUUUGGCAUUUCCAGAAAACCGUCCUCAUGACAUUGUAGCACAGCCUCUGGCUAACAGAUGCCCUGCUCAUGGGGGAGAUCACCCCUAAAGUAGAGCAGAGCCCACCGUGUGGAAGCAAGACGUGUGUGUGUGUGUGU